AUGAACAUGAUGCAACCACUGAUUCGCCAUCUUCUGUUGCUGGGAGUUAUUUUUCUUUCCCGUAAAGUGCAUUCAUUGGCUGGUCAUGAUGCCAACUUCAAGACUGGUAACCCCGAGUAUCGCUUGUUUACGUUUUUAUUCACCAAUUACAGCAACGCAGUYCGGCCCGUGAGACAUGUAACUGACGUGGUGCCAGUUAUCUUUGAUAUUGGUUUUAGUCAGAUUGUACAUUUGCAAGAAAAGAGGCAAAUUCUUAUAAGUAAUCUAUGGGUUCGAUUGGAAUGGCAUGACCCAUGGCUGACAUGGAAUGAGAGUGAGUUUGGUGGCUUACAAACCUUCCGUGUUGAACCUCACAUGGUCUGGAAACCAGAUAUAGUGCUUUACAAUAAUGUUGAUUCUGACUCCAGUGGAGAGAUGUACAAGUUCACCACAAAAGUCCUUCUCUACUCAAGUGGCAAAGUACGUUGGCUUUCUCCCAUACAAGUACAAAGCGAAUGCAAGAUCGAUAUCACCAACUUCCCCCUGGAUGACCAACAGUGUAAGCUAGAGUUUGGUUCAUGGGCAUACGAUGGACACCAACUGAACUUGACAAACGCUAGAGGAACUGCAGACCUCAGCAUGUAUAUAACCAAUGGAGAGUGGGAGAUGCUCUCGGGAAAUGCCAGAAGAAACAUUGCCUAUUUCUCGUGCUGCAAAGCACCUUACAUAACGCUSAUCUAUACCUUCCAYCUGAGAAGACGUGCUUUGUUUUACUUUAUGAAUCUKAUUCUCCCAUGCGUSUUGUURACGUUUCUAUCAGCYCUGACCUUCCGAUUUCCACCAGAGUCAGGAGAAAGGGUUUCUCUUACCAUAACCAUCCUCCUAGGGAUGACGGUCUUUAUGCUCAUCUUCAUCGAUAAUAUUCCUCCAACGUCUGAAGUUGUGCCCUUGAUAGGUAGAUACUUUUCCUGCUCUCUGUUCAUAAUGGGGUCCUCUCUUAUCGCCACAUGUGUSUCUCUCUCCUUCUAUUACAACAAACCAUCMACUGAAAUACCAUUCUGGAUUCGUAUCCUUGCAUUCAGUCGUCUAGGCCCAGCACUCGGGAUAAGACCACCUAAGCACAUAGCCAUCGCUAAUGAGGUCAAAAUAUCGAGCCGUGAAAGAGCAAACUCAAACAAAGGAAGCUUCCUGAAUGAAYCCAAMGACAAGCGGCGGAAAGYCCAACGGCACAGCGUGCUAAGCAGAAAACUGGAGACYUCGUCGAUGUUAAGUCAAAGCUCUAGCUUYCCUAACAAYAUUGAUAAGACACAACACGCGCCAGUCAUCCGUGUCUUYCUUGAUUCAGAAGCGGCWCGCUACCCUCCYGAACCUCAAAGGAACCASCACUCCUGCUGUUGUUGCUGUAACGCYUCUGGCCAAGCUACUGAGGAUUCGGAAGUGGAUGAGAAGARAGAGGAAUGGCAGUACGUUGCAGCAGUGACCGAYAGGUUCUUUUUUUAUUUGUUUAUCCUCAUUAUUUGUUUGUGUGCUGUGAUAGUUUUCCUACUAUCCCCUGCAGUCGAAAUGCUGUUCUGAGCAAGUUUUCUAAAUUGUUCGUCGAUAAAAAGGUACCUGAGUUACGUCAUGAACUUGGCUCCGCGUGUCCUGCAUAUACUUCCGGUUUACAGACAAUUUACAAUAAACUAUCGCGUGACUGUUAUUUGAUUGUCAAUACGAGAAUAACAAGAACUUGAAUAUAUUUGAAAGACAUUUUGAGAUAGAGGGAGGAAAUAUUUUAAUACUGUGUGUUUUGUUUAAGAGAAAUCAUUAGUGUUUGCAACAUGAGCUGAAGGAAAAGGAAC